CUAUGGACAACGUACAAGUCGUUCCGGAUUUUAUAGUACAUUCGCAACAAGCUAAUGCGUAUUUAACGUAUUAUUUGAGUUUUUUGUCUCAUAUACACGACGAACAACGAUUGUUGAAAGACCCCAAAGACUCUAGAUUCGUGUUUGUGGACGACGUACACGUGAUAUUGCAUUAUGGAACAGUCACGUCUAUCGAAUACAAAAUCAACUAUGGCCGACGAUAUCGAUUGCCUCGCAUCGUGCAUAAUAGAAACUUAUAAUCGUGAUAUUACUAUACGUCCACAAGCCAGAGCUUUGGCCGGUUACAUGUUGGGAUGCAAAUUCAUGAGUCUGUCGGAAUGUCUAGAAUUGUUUAAUAAAAAUCGAAAGAAAUCGCGAGACGUUAUCGAUAAACUAUUGUCUUGCGAAUCGGCUUUUAUGGACAUAGAACCCCGAUCGUUGGGCAUAGAUCUGGUAUCGUAUACGACAGCCGAAAUAAUACAACAGUCUUUGGACGUGAAGCAUUUUCAAAAGGAGAAAAAGCACAAAUGUACGGGUCGGAAAAUACCGAAAAUAAAACCAAACAUAUUGUUCAACGAUCACGAAUACAUAUGGUUGAGAUGGUUUUAUAAAUCUCAAGCCGAGGACGACGCUGUGACCGAAUCUUUUUUCAUUGUGGAAUAUCAACGGUUUGCAAAUAUAUUGAAAAUAAAAGAAACCGAAUCUGUGUACGCGUAUAAAAUAAUAGCUUUUGAUAAACGUACCGUGAACGCGACGAAUCGUGCUUAUAAAUUCUGUUUGACGCGAGACGUCGAAUCGGACGUAGACGAUUUUUACGAAUCCGAGAACUCGUACACGUUUAUUAAAACCGACGAAGGUCGGUUUGUGUGUACUAAAAAUCGAGCCACUAUGGACAAUUUAAAUUUUGAAAAAAGUAACGAUAUAAAUUUUUUGGUAAUACUAUAUCACGAAGUAGUAGUGUUCGAAAUAGCUUCAAACGUGUACGAGUCUUAUGUUUAUAAAACGACUAAACGCAGUAAUUCGUUAAAACAAGAAGCUUUGUUAGAUUAUUACGAUUCAAAGUCUAAAUGCAGUCUGAUAUUUUCGUCCGAAUUGGCUUUUUUCAAAUAUAACGUAUUGUUGUUUAUCAGUAAUUUUAUAAAAUUUAUGUACUGCUAUGCGACUAAUCAAAAUACGUUCGAUCCUAAAACUUAUAACGAUUUUAAAAUUUUAAACAUUUACAUUUGUGAGGCUUGUCUGUUCAUCGACAGCACCAAUUUAUCGAACAUGUCUUCGAAAACACACGGACCGCUGAUCGCGUACACCAGUGAACGGCCAAAAACCCUGUUGAACAAGAUGCAAAACGAAAUAUUCGUGAACGAGGGAUCGAGAGCCAUGCAAUCCAUGAAUCUAGCUUCAGAUAUCGGAGUGCGGUCGAACAUGAUCGAAAUAAGCGCGAUGUUACAUUCGGACGUUUACAAAAAAAACAAACGUGAUUUAUUUUUCGAUACUACCGAUAUAUUGUAA